UGAAGUACAAUGGAGGUAUUUGGAAAAUCUUCAGUGGUUGGUUCUGCGGCCAAUGUUAUUUACUUGUCUGCUAUACUUGGUAUCGAUGGACCCGAUCCGUGUCAUAAAUGUGAUUGGAAAUGCGAGAAUGAGAAUGUUUGUGGGAAUAUGUACCGUUGCAGACUAACUGGGUUGAGUCACGUCUGUGACAAGAACUGCAACCAAAGGAUUUUGUAUGAUAACCAUAACUCUUUGUGCCGAGCUAGUGGUCGGAUAUUCCCACUUUCUUCCGAUGAGGAGCACGCGGUUAGAGGAGUCCGGAGGAAGCUUGAUGAUGAGAGUCAGCCCUCUGAAAGCUGCGUUAAGCGUGUUCGGCGUGAUGUCCAGUUUCUUUCUUCUCCUUUCGAGAGGUCUUUUGCUGCUGUGAGCCCAAUCUGCAGUCAAGCUGGAGAUGGAAUGGAGAUGAACUAAAUCUUUGUUGGUCUUUUGCUUAUCUUCUUUUAUCUCACCUAGAAUAACUUACUUUUUUU